UGCGUUGCCGUUAGUUCGUGCCCAGCAUUUUGGAAGCGAACGGAACAGCCUUUCAGACUGUGCUUCAUACAAAACAUUUAUUUUUUUCUAGUGCUAUUUGGCAGUUACUGUUGCUGUUGCUACUGUUGUUGUUCUUGUUGUUGUCAUCCGUUGCUGUUGCGCCGUGCAGCAUGCAACGCUUUUGGCGCGCCUAGUUUGAAAAUUGUUGUUAACCGUUGUGUAAAUUGUGUGCGGCUCCGGUGUGUCAAAUGUGGUAAGCAUGCCGCCCGCUGAGCAUCAUGUGGGCACGCCCCACAGCCAGGCGGCUGGCGACGAGGACUAUCAAAUGGCGGCCAGCGCAAGCCAGUGGAAGGAUGUGCCGGACAAGUACUUUAUGGUGAUAGCGCACUUGCUGGCCGGCCACAUCAACGACACGGAGGACAUGGAGCGCGUCAAUGGGCCGAUACUGAAGGCGAGCAUUAAGUCGGUCUAUUGGCUCUUCCUCAUCCAAUACGCAACCCUGGCACUGCUGGGCGUCAUUCUGAACAUUGCCAUCAUUGUGUACAUCAUGUAUAAUCGGCUCUACAAGGAUGUCACGCAUGCGUUCAUCAUCAAUUUGGCCUUCUGCCAUUUCGUGCAGUGCGCUCUGGUCUUGCCCGUUUCGCUGAUGGUGAUGCUGCUCCAGAACUGGAUAUUUGGUCAAUUCCUGUGCUUCUUCUUGCCCAUGCUGCAGGACAUACCGAUACAUGUGGCGAUGAUAUCGCACAUUCUGAUUGCCUGGGAUCGCAUGCGCUGGCUGAAUGAUCCACUCAAGGGGCGCAUACCUGGCUUCGUCUGCUGCUGUGCCACCUGGCUAACUGGUAUGGUGAUUGCCCUGCCCUAUCCCAUUUAUACGAUGUACGUGGAGCUUGGGGCGUACAUACCCCAGCUGUCGGGCAUUGGACUGUGCGUGGUCAACUUGAUGGAUGACAUGCAGGAAUAUACGCGGGGACUGUUUCUAAUUAUGUACUGUGGUCCGGCCGUGCUCUUGUCCUAUCUCUAUAUACGCACCUCCCAGGAGCUGCGUCCGCCGGAUGGGCCCUUCGCCGUCAUGAUGUACGAGCACCGUGUCGAUCUACGCAUGCGACAGAGGAACUCGUCCGCUUCGUCGGAGCCGCGUGCGCACAGCGGCGGAGGCGUGGCCGGGCUGAGCAAUGGCCACGGCAGCAGCAGCCGCUCCUACGAUCUCUACAGCGCCGAAAUGGACGUCUGCCGGGAGAAGCGCAAGCAGCGCAACUUUGGCAGCAUGGCCGCCACCCAGGUGGUCUGCCUGUGCCCCCUGAUGAUACUGCGGUUCGCACGGCUCUCGCUCGAGGAAACCUACGAGAAUCAGAAGCACUUCGACUUCACCUACUUGAUGUUUGUCUGGGUCGCAUUCUUGCCCACGGUCAUAUUCCCGUGCAUCUACGCCUCGCAGAUAUUGCCCAGAGAUGAACAGGAGCGCCUCCGCGGCUAUUUUCGCCUGUCGGCCAAGCGGGCGUCCAAGUCGCAGCGUCGCAGCAAUGCGGGCUCCCAUGAGGACUCGAUUGAGAAGGACGAGCACAGCAAUACGACGAGCAUUGCGGCCAAGGGCCAGAGCCAGACGGCGACUGAUUCGCAGAAGCAUCCGACCAAGGGGCACGCCGUGUCCGGGCGCCAUGAGCGCAGCCAGGGCCAUGGCUUGGGCGCGUCGGAUCGGUAUAGCGGUGCACCCUACAGACAGGGUCAGUCUGGCAUCAAGGAGCGCGACAAGGAGCGCGACAAGGAACGGGAUAAGGACCGGGAUAGGGAUCGGGAUCGGGACAGAGACCGGGAACGGGAACGGGAACGGGAACGGGAUCGACAGCGCGGCGUUUUGGGUGGUCGCGGGGCUGGAGAUGCGGGCAUGGUGAACAAUCUUAGCAAGAACAUGCGCGGCAAGAAGCACGACGUCAAAAUCAACAUCAUCUCCGAUGGGCAUGCUUCCACUGGAUUGGCGCGCAAGCAGCCGGCGAGCACCAGCAGCAACAACAGCAGCCGCACCAUGAAGGCCGCCUCCACAGGCGGCGCGCCACGGCAGAAGCUGGGCGUGGAGUACAUGUCGGUGUCGAACAACUCAGUGUCCAAUCUGACCGCCUCCACGUACUGCAAUGGCAACAACAGCGCCCUGAUGGACGACAGCAGCACGAGUAACUAUGGCGAUGGCGAGGAGAGCUCCGUGGUGAGCAGCAUGAUGCAUCCGCCGCAGCGCUGGCCCAACGUCGGCGGCGGGCUGCGGAAUAAGGAUGUGUCGUUCAGCGAGUGCAGCAGCACCUUCUCGUCGAGCACGCUGGAGCGCGACCUGGAGAUCAUCGAUCUGCUGGAGCGAGAGCGCAGCAUGGACAUACAGGAAAUGAUGCAGCGCGAGCAGCAGGACGACAAGAUCCGUCUGUCCGGCGGCGGCGUCGGCGUCGGCCGCCAGCUGCCGGACAUUGAGAAGCUGUACGCGCAACGCUCGCCGAAGCCCAAGCGAGACUCCAGCUAUGGCUACGACAAGACCGGGCUGGCUCUGGUGAUGCCCGGCAGUGAUCCGCUCAGCAUGUCGAUCUCGAGCAGCAGCCAGCCCACGGAGUACAGCCUGUGCUCCAAUCURCAGGAGCAGCAGCAGCAUCUCCACCUGGCGCAGCAGCGACUGGGUCAUCUACAGCAGCCACCACCGCAGCCGCAGCCGGAGUCGCAGCCGCCGCUGGAUGAGGAGGAGGUGCCGCAGGACUUUUACGACAGCUACACACCCGGCGGCAACAACAACUUGCCGCGCUCAGCCAUUGUGCAAGGCCCGCAGCCCGCUCCGCCCCCGCCCGCCUAUCAGUAUCAGUAUACGCGCCGCCUGAGCCGCAAAAGCUUGGGCGCCGGCUCCCAUCACGGGCCGGGCGGCGGCACCUCGCGCAGCUCCAAGCGCGACAGCUUCAAUUCGCUGAACGGCACGGAUCUGAUUGCGGGCGCCUUCUGCGAGCUGGACCCCACCCAGCCGCUGAACAAGAUGGCCGGACUGGAGGGACGCAUGCGGCGCAGCAGUCCGAGGAACACCAGCUUCAGUUCCAGCUCCGCACGCAGCUCUAUGAAGUCGCGCGACUAUGGGCACGGCUCUACGCAUUCAGCCCACCCGGAGCUCGACUUCAGGGAGAACAUUUUUGCCGAACUGUAAGCUGGGGCCAGGCGGAUCCGCUCCAGGCGGGAAAUGUAUUUUUUUU